AUGUUUGUCCCCAACACCACAAGCCGGCCUCCUGUGGAUAUGGCCAUGCCACAGACUGAACAACUGUACUUCACAAUUGCUACUCAACUUCCAUUCAUCAUCUUCUUUUCAAUGGGUAUACGCCAGCUUGCAGUAAAAAGCGACCCGAAACCAUUACUCUUUGGUAUCGGAGGGUGUCUGGCAUCAGCCUUUGAGCCCGUGGUCGACGUGCUUGGCUUCUGCUACUUUCCACGUGCCGGAAACUGGAUUGCUUUUGAGACUUUUGGCAGACCUAUUCCAAUAUUUGUGCCCGCCACAUAUGGCUGGUUCGUUGGAGGUAUGGGCUACUGGUUCUGGAGUGCCUUUCAGAAUCCAAAUACUACCGCCAAGGAUGUUCCAGUCUUGUGGUUCAAGGCCUUCAUUAUCAAUUUGAUUCUUGAAUAUCCACCUCUAUACUUUGGCAUAUACACGUACUACGGCUAUCAGCCAUUGGUUGUUGGAGGCUUCCCACUCUGGUUCCCUGCCAUUAACGCGACCACACCAAUGGUGGCCGGAACCAUCCUCAACUUGAUCACGCCACACCUGCAGGGCUGGCAAAAUCUGGCCAUCAUCACCACAACUGCCACAUCUUAUGGCAUUGGAAAUGCAGCGUUUGGAGCUCCUGUGUGGAUGGCCUUGAGCAUAGACAAGGGUUAUCAUGUGACAUAUCCUGCUGUUGCCAUUUCAGCUCUCCUUUUGUGCAUGGGCUUGUGGAUCAUGUCUCUACAGUUUACUAUACAUGACGGUAUCAAGCUUGACACAGGUGGUUCUAGGCAGACUAAAAGGUAUUAG